AUGUCUAGUAGUUCUGGUGUAACUGAUAAUUCUACUGUGACACAUUCCUCUCCAUUAUAUCUGCUUCCGUCUGAUUCACCUGGUACAAUUUUGGUGACCACGACUUUUGAUGGCACUAGCUGUGGAAGUUGGCAUCGAGGAAUGUUGUUAGGCCUCUCAUGUAAGAAUAAACUGGGGCUGAUCAAUGGGACAGUUGCACGACCUAGUUCUACCUCUCUUUUGUUCGAACCUUGGAUUAGGUAUAACGAUAUGGUUGUAGCCUGGAUCCUAAAUAGUUUAGAUAGGGAAAUUAGGGAGACUGUGAUGUACACUGAAAGUGCUGAAAAACUUUGGAAGGAGAUUGAGCGUAGAUUUGUCAAGCUAGUGGAAUUAAGAUUUUUCAGAUUCGUAAGUAAAUUUCCUCGAUUACCCAAGGUUCUUCAAGCAUUUUAUCAUAUUUUAACAGAAUUAAAAAUCUUUGGGAUGAGCUUUCUUUCUCUGUAUCAUAUCCUGAUUGUGUUUGUGGAUGCAAGGAGACCUACUAAAGGUUAG